AAAGUUAAGUGGGUCGACAGCAUUGGAAUUAAUUUUCUCACCUCAAAAAAGAAUGGAAUGGCCACAGUGACGCAAGACAUCGUCACCUUCCAAAAUCAAGUGACGUAUGAGUCGUUCUUGAAGAAGUGGUCCGUCGUACUUGCCAAUUACCCCAUUUUUAUUUAUCCAAUUAAGAAGAGACGAUUCUUGUGGAGCUAUUAUGACGAAAAUAGCACUUUUGAUAUAACCAAUCAUGUGUUCUGCGUGGAUGAGCCAAUCACGAUGGAAAACAUCCAUCAAUACAGUAGAGACUUUUCGCUCGAAACACUCCCCAUCGAGCUACCUCUCUGGCGAGUGAUCAUCUUCUCCAACCUGAUCGGCAGUUCGGAAGGAUCUUCAGCCAUUUUGUUCCGCUACCAUUGCUGCCUCACCGAUGGCAUUUCCCUUCUGCAAAUGUUCUUAACAGAGGCGCAGAACAACUCGGAGCUGAUCGACACCGAUGUUCUCCUCCGCUCCUCUUGCAGCUCUUCAGAGAGCGCAGACGGCAUCGAGGAAACGCUCCGAACCGAAAUGGUGAACGAAACCCCCAUCGUGAUGGUUUCAAGCGAGCAAGAGAUGGCCAUGCAUCCCUCCGUUCUUUCGAAGAAAGUCCCGAAGCACUGCGGAUUCAAGUCGUCGCGAACGGCAAGCUAUUGGAGACUGAUUUGUACGAAGAAGGACGAACCGAAUCCGCUGCGAAAUAAAAAGUAUGUCGAUGCGCCGAGGGAACGAUGCGUGGAGUCGCGAACGAUGGACGUGAAGAUCGACGAGCUCGGUGCAUUGAGCGAGCACGAUUUGACUUUGAAUGAUGCGAUCCUGGGAAGCUUAUUCUUCUCGAUUCAUUCCUUCUUAACGCCUCUGCUUCAACAGAAAAAAGCGAAAUCUCUUCAUAGUUUGUUGUGGGUGAAUCGAAAAGGAACCGAUCUCAUUUACACGCCCAUUCAGUCGUCGACCGCGACUCCGCUCAGCAAUCGCGACCUCACCGCUCUCGUUCUCGAUCUCCCCUUUGGACGCGAGAGCGCGUGGGACUGCGCGAUGUUCAUGCAUCACCAAAUGUGGCUGAAGAGCAACAGCGAAGAGGCGUCGGUUAUUCAGCGAUGGCUGCGAUACUGGGGCUGGAUGCCUCGCGUGUGCGGCGAUCGCUGCUUCUCUUCCUUUAUGUAUUGUUUGUUGGAUCGAAGUGAGGGGUAG